AUGUCUUCUCCAGAGAGAAGCCCAAGUGAGAGUGUCGGAGAGGAGGAAACGAGCAGGCAAUUAAAUGAAUACAAACCACCAAAAGGCUUCAAAUUGAAAGGAGUCGAUCAAUCUAGCAGCGUUGAUUGGUUAAAGCUGGCUAAAGAUGAUGAUUAUGAAAUCGUAUGCUUAAGAGUACCAGAGAAUAUAAAGACAAAGCAUUUGAAAGGAAUGAAACUGGAUUUCGAUAGUAAAGACAAUAAAUUAGGUACAAUCGAUGUCAAAGGCAGUGAGAUGAGUAUACACUCACAGUUAACUUCAAACUCAAAAGAAUCAAGGAACAAAUUUGAAUCUGCAUCGAUAAAUGAUGAAAUGGAUCAAUUCAAGUUGUUGCUACCAAAUAAACAAGGUCAACUGGUUACUGUGGAUAAGCCAAUCCACCAUAGAUUACAAUUGUCUGACAACAUACCAAUGCUUAAAGCGCCCAAAUUUGAGAAACACACAUCUUCAGAUGGUGCAAUUAAGCGUGAACAGCCAACCGAUAAGCUCAAGUGGAGAUUCAGACCACCAGGUUUUGAUACCGGUGGAAUAGAUGGCACAGUAAACGAGCAAGCAUCACCAAAUAAGGAUAAGAAGGAAAAGAAGGACAAGUCAGACAAGAAAAACACGAAAGACAGAAAGCGCAACAGUCACCCAGAAUUGGCUAAAGAAGUCUCUGAGAGACUUGGAUUGAAUUUAUCGCCUUGCGUUGUAAAUAAAUUCUCAAAUCAAGAGAUUAACGUGAGAAUCGGUGAGAGUGUUAGAGAGGAAGACGUUUUCAUCAUACAAUCUGGAUGUGGGGAUAUAAACGAUAGCUUAAUGGAGUUGCUUAUAUUGGCAAAUGCCUGUAAAACUGCCUCCGCUAGACGUAUUACGGCAGUUAUCCCAAAUUAUCCAUACGCUAGACAAGACAGAAAGGAUAAAUCAAGAGCACCAAUAACUGCUAAAUUGGUCGCUAACAUGCUCACCACUGCUGGAUGUGAUCACGUCAUCACUUUGGAUCUCCACGCAUCACAAAUUCAAGGAUUCUUUGAUAUCCCAGUUGACAACUUGUACACUGAACCAAUUAUGAUCAACUACAUCAAGACAUCCGUUCCAGAUUGGGAGAAUGCAGUGGUGUUUUCACCUGAUGCAGGUGGUGCUAAGAGAGCCACAGCGUUAGCAGACAGAUUGAAUGUCAACUUUGGAUUGAUUCAUAGAUCAAGAGUCCGUAAUGGCGAUGACAAAGAGGAGGACCAUAUGGACGUAGUCGUUGGAAACGUACAAGGCAAGGUGGCUCUGUUGGUUGAUGAUAUGGUAGUCUCAGCCCAAACGAUGAAGUUGGCUUCAACUGAGUUAGCCAAGAAGGGUGCUACUGCGGUGUACGCUAUAGUAUCACAUGGUGAGAAGAACGUUAUGCGUAGCUAA